AUGAGUUCGUUUUUGAUAAACUCCAACUACAUCGAGCCCAAAUUCCCUCCCUGCGAGGAGUACACGCAGCACGGCGGCAGCGCCGGCAGCUCCUCCGCCAGCUACCACCCGCACCCGCACCCGCACCCGCACAGCCCCGCCGCCGCGCCGCCGCCGCCGCCGCCGCCGCCGCCGCCGCCGCACCUGCACGCCGCCGCGCACCCGGUCCCGCCGCUGCCCGAGAGUACUUCCCCCGGCCGCGCAAGGGAGCCCAGCUACCAGGCUCCCGCGGCGCCGCCCGGGCCGCCGGGGCCGCCUCCCGAGGCGCUGUACCCGGCGCAGGCACCCUCCUACCAGGCGCCCUACAGCUACAGCAGCGCCGGCAGCGCCGCCCCGGGCCCCGAGCAGCCGCCCCCGGGCGCUUCGCCGCCGCCGCCGCCGCCCGCCAAGGGCCACCCCGGGCCGGCCCAGCCCCUGCUCCCCGGCCAUGCCCUGCAGCGGCGCUGCGAAGCGGCCCCCGCCGCCGGGGCCGGCACAGGGGCCGGGUGCCCGCUGCUGCCCGACAAAAGCCUGGCCGGGCUGAAGGGGAAGGAGCCGGUGGUGUACCCCUGGAUGAAGAAGAUCCAUGUGAGCACGGUCAAUCCCAAUUACAACGGAGGGGAGCCCAAGAGGUCUCGCACUGCCUACACCAGACAGCAGGUCCUGGAGCUGGAGAAGGAGUUCCACUUCAACCGCUACCUGACCAGGAGGAGACGCAUCGAGAUCGCGCACACCCUCUGCCUCUCCGAGCGCCAGGUCAAGAUCUGGUUCCAGAAUCGGCGCAUGAAGUGGAAGAAAGACCAUAAACUGCCUAACACAAAGAUGCGCUCCUCAAACCAGUCCACACUGAGCCAGCAGUCCAAAGCACAGACACAGGGCCACCCCCAUCCGCUCGAUGGGUCUACACCCAACGCAGCCGCGCUAUAAAUACGGUUAUUAUUAUUAUUAUUUUUUUAAUAUAUAUAUAUUUACCUAUCUAUUGGGGUUUUCCAGCUGCCCGUGCUGGUGGCUGGCCGUUUGGACCAAACUAACUGUGUAAAACAAAACAGGAGCAGAAAAGGAAGACGAGACGUGCCCAAGAACGGGCACAUGUUUAAACCAAAACCCGGACGAUUGUCUACAUUGUAUAUAGAUAAUGGUUCCAUGCCCAUCAUUUUUUUUCUAUUUAUGGAAACACUCUCUUGCCCUCGGUGUAAGAGAGUGCUGGAUGCUGUCACGGACGAAUUCUCUGUACCUAAGACGGACUCUCUUUUUUUUUUUUUGUAGAGAACACUUUAAAAAUAAAAGACGGUUAAAAACAAAGCCAAGACCUCGUGAGACACUUGUGUAAGGCAUUGACUUGAAUAGCGUUGUUUCGUGGCGUGGUCGUGGAUUCCCGUGUGCGUGUGCGUGAGGGUGCACAUACACGUAUGCACACACGCCAACACAGGAAAGUGAACGCACAUGUUCACGGAGGUUAAAAACUUACGAGAACUGUCCCCUCACGCUGUCUCAAGGGAAGUGUUUUAUGUAUCAAAGGUAACUUAACUGGUUUUAAGUGUAGCCCCCGCUGUAGCUGUGAUAUAUUAGUUUUUCUCCACAUUCCCUAUUGCAUUUAUUUAAAAAAAAUGCUAUAAAGACUGUUGCUGUCUUCAUAUUUGGCACCGUCUCAAUCGUUUGGGUCCAUGUACAAUUUUGUGGAUUUUUGGUGUAAUGUAAACAGUGCCAAAUGCUGGUAAUAAAGAUUAUUCUGUACAAAAGAAUUAAACGCUUGAAACACACAAGUUCCCUCAGUGCUGUUUCCUACACCUUGUGCUUCGCUGGUGUUGGCACCAGGAACGGAAAACAACGGUUUAACGCAUUGUUUUAACUUGGAUUAAUCUUGUCAAUAAGGUAAUGGUUGCUUUAAAUAUAGUGCAAAGCGUCCUGAAUCUUAAGUGCCUGCCUGGAAAAAAAAAAGAAAGAAAGAAAAAAAAAAAGGCACAGUAGGACGAGGAAAGGUCUUGCUGUAUUGUGUAGGUGAGUGGUCUUCUCUUUAGCAGACUUGUGGCAGAAUUAGUCCGGCUCUCCAUCGCUGGGCUUGAGACCGUUUCCACCGCAGCACAGAGAAACUGAGCUUCUACUGGGAGCCAAUAAGAUCCCCUGGCGGAUUUUGCUGGAGGAGAAGUCACACAU